CCGUUGGGGCACGACGCUGCCUCCCACACGGCCUGGCCGCCGCGGCCAUGCAGACUCAGGGCGGCAGGGCCAGCCUCACCAAGUCAGGCUCGGGGACCACCCAAAGUGCCCCAAACACCAGAGCACCCUCAGGGGACUUGCAACAACGGCAGCAUACAGAAGGCCCACGGCAAUCUGCGGGGGCGGUGCAAGCCUCCCUCUCAGGGCAGCCCGUACGCCCCGCGCCUCCAGCACCCAAUGCGCCGCCGCCUGCAGUCGCAAGGGCGCAGCCUGCAGUCUCCCAGGCGCCCCGGGGAAAGCAACCGCAGGGGACCCAGAGCGCAGGGGAGGCCGCUAUCCGGAAGCGUGCUGAAGAACGGGCUAAAGUCCCGCUCAAAUUCAGGGACAGUUUCAAGGACUUUUUCUUCCUGCCCACGGGAGUGUUGAAGAUCCUGCGGCUGGCUCUCAUCAUAGGAGCAUUAGCGUGUUUCAUCACUGCUAAAACCCAUGAGUUGUAUAUAGCCAUCACAGUUCUGGAAAUCUGCAUCGUUCUUUUUUUUAUUAUAACAUAUAUGCUAACCCUUCACCACUUGCUGAUUUGUUUAGAUUGGUCCUUACUCGAUCUUAUCAACAGUUUCAUUACAGCUGUGUUCCUUUUAAUAGUUGCCAUCCUGGCGAUGCAAGAAAUGGAAAGAAGGCAUUUAUUCUAUGCUGGAGGGUCCCUGUGUCUCACAGCGGCAAUCGUGUGUAUCUUCGAUGGGAUUAUGAUCACCAAAUUGGGGAGGGAUACAGUGAAAAGAGUCCUGGGACUCCAAGUUGAAACCAAUGUCUUCCGGCCCCUGGAGCCCACCACACAGGCACCCGCAAGAGAACCCGCGCCCGCAACUGGGAAAGCGCCCCCGCCGGCACCCGCGAAGGCACCUGCGGCCGCGCGGGCCAAACCACCCGCGCCAGCGCCGGAGCCAGCACCGGAGCCAGCGCCAGCAGCCGAGCCGGGGCUCACCUCACCACCCCAGGCCGCACCCUCGCUGGCACCCGCCUCUAGGCGCCCAUCGCGCCGGGCAUCCUCUCGGCAGCCUUCGCAGCCACCGUCGCGGCCGCCUUCACGGCAGCUCAAGGGGACAUCCUCGCGGGAAUUCUCGGCCCCAUCCUUGACCAAGGCUGCACCUUUAAAAGGGGGAUCCUCGCGGACAUAAGCGUCCAUGCCUCAUCCCUCCGGGUAAUCCCACCACUUAGCUUGCAUGCGCUGUCACCCACUCUGGCCCACAUGCGAUCAUAAAAUCAGAGCUGCUAAAUCGGGAACA